AUGAAUCUUUCCAAAUCCUUCAUACCCACAGCAGCACAGGUAAAGUUCCUGGAGAGAGGGUUGACAUUCAUCCCUCGCCCAAACAAAUUUGAUUGGGAGGAACUUCAAAGGGACACUCACAAAUAUCAUAGAAGACUUAAACUGUUGGACUACUUUGACUAUAACACAGACGACAACCACCAACCAUUUACCUUACCAUCUACCUGGGAACCUAAAACCUCCCAGAUAGAUGGUAGAAUCAGGAGAUUAAUCAGAACAGACAAGAACACACUUCACAACCACCAGAUUCACACGGAUAGGGAGGAUAACCUCACACACGUAGAAAGACAGGCAAUACAACAACUUAAAAAUAACCCACACAUAAUCAUCAAACCAGCAGAUAAAGGUUCAAAAAUAGUAAUAUUGGAUAAACAUCAAUACAUGUAUGAAGCCAACAGACAGCUAUCCAACACCAAACAUUAUAAACCAAUAGAAAAUAGUAUACAACCACAGACACAGACACAGUUAAGGACAAUAAUAAAAAGACUCUACGACCAACACUACAUCACAGCAAAACAACGGGACUUUCUCUAUGGCACAGAUACUCCACGACCUAGACUAUUCUACUUACUGUUAAAAGUACACAAGGAACCAGGGACAUGGACAAUUCCCUUUGAAGUUCCUCCUGGCAGACCGAUUGUGUCAGACUGCAAUAGUGAAUCCUAUAACAUUUCACAAUACAUAGAUCAUUAUAUUAACCCUCUCUCCACCAGGCACCCCAGCUUUCUCAGGGACACUUAUCACUUCAUGGAGAGGAUUGGACCCAUAGUUGUUCCCUCCAACACACACAUAUUCACCAUAGAUAUUGAUAGCCUGUAUACUAAUAUAAAUACAGCAACAGGAAUACAAGCAAUUAGAAAUAUCUUUAAGAGAUACCCAGACAACACUAGACCGGACACAGAAAUAUUACAACUAUUAGAAAUCAGCCUGACUAGCAAUGACUUUUUAUUCAACGAUCACUAUUACCUGCAGGUGGAGGGAACAGCUAUGGGCAAAAAAUUCGCACCUGCUUACGCCAACAUAUACAUGGCUGAAUGGGAGAGAGAGGCACUGGCCAAGUGUCCAUAUCAACCCACUUUUUAUUACCGGUUUUUAGACGACAUAAUAGGAGCCUGGCCCCACGACAUCCAAUUAUUCACAGACUUUAUGAACAUUCUCAACAGCCAUCAUUCAUCAAUUAAGGUUAAAUACACAAUUCAUCCGCAAGAAGUCAACUUCUUAGACACAACAGUGUUUUUCAGUAAUAACAAUCAACCACAGAAAACACUACACACUAGAGUCUACUUCAAACCAACAGACACACAUGCUUUACUCCAUAAACACAGUUACCAUCCUAAACAUACAUUUAAGGGAAUAAUAAAAUCACAAAUCAUACGGUUCUACAGGAUAUCAUCUUGCAAGCAAGACCUGGAUUAUGCAAUAAAUACACUAUUCAAUGCAAUCAGAAGAAGAGGAUAUUCAAAACGAUUUUUAAGAACCAUUAAAAAAACAACACAUUGGCAGUCCUCUCUCCCAUUCAUCCAACCCUCACAGACCACAUCAAACCAUCCACCUCUCUUAAUCUCAUUAUUUUAACAGAAUAAAACAAUAAAACCAACUAAAUGCACAAUAUUGCUUUUAUGUUCAUAUUUAACAACACUGGUUGAAUUAAUCUCACCACAUCAGCUCCUGUACUGUCACACAGAAAAAGGCAUUUUAGAACUCAUUUUAGUCUAUUUAUGAUCUUAGGAGGACAUCUACAGGCAAUUUUAAGUACUACACCUAAAUAUAAUAACAUCAUCAGAAGGAGAGGGAUGAACAGGAGAUAGGCCUGUGCACCGUAAAACAAGCUAGUUGAUAUGAAACACAAUUAUAUUCAAAACCUAACCCUUGCCCGUGCCAUCCCUGGUUUAUCCUUCUACAGGUGUAGUACUGCCUCCAGGUGCUGGCUUCUGCUCCUUGUGCGGCGUGUUGCGCCUCAGCUGCCCACGGGUCAUUCACGUUCGCACCCACCGGGAGAGCAAUAGCGCUUGUGAAUUACCGCAAUAUAUAACAUUGAAUCACUCUUCUUUCCCCCAACACUGUUAUCAUUAUUAUCUUUUAUUUCUUUGAUUUGUCUCAUUGUACUAGAGGAAUAGCAUGGUAUUCAUAUACAGAACCACAUACAACAACUAAGAAAUACAAAAGUACAGAAUAAUAGAAAAUGUAAUAGAACUGAACAGAAUAACAAUAUAGGGACAGAAUAGGGAGGGAAAGUUAGGGAAGUAAAGUAUCAGAGAGGGAAAUACGGGGGAAAAUGGGGGACUAUCAGGACAAAGGAUAUUUAAUGGAUAGAAAGUAUGGCUGGGGAUAUUGCCAGGUUAAUUUAUAACAAAGUCUGGAAACUGAACUGAAAAGCAAAUAGAAGAAAGAGGAGUUUAACAUAUAUAAGCCCACGUAAUGCCAUCACUCUCCCGCCUUUGAGUGUCUAUUUGGGUGUCUGAUAAAUUGAACCAAUAGGGUAACAGAAAGAUAGAAACGCCCAAUUUGGGAGCAGUGAUUGGGUGUUUCCCUCCUAAUUGCUCCCAUUUUAAAAGGUACGGGGUUCUCAGUCGAGGAAAAGAUCCCUCUGAAGAAGCAGAAAAUUCUGCGAAACGUCAGGGUUUUUGAAACAGGACUUCACAGUGGAUUUUAACAUUGCUUGGUUUUUAAUCAUCUUUUGAUUUUAACUAAUAAUAUUAAAAGUUACGUUUUAGAGUUAAGAUGUGGAGGGGUAAGGGGGAGCUCAUUGCCUAAAGUGCAUAGACACUUGGGGAAACAAUCGUGACUUUAACCUCUGGAACGAGAUCUUUUAACAGGAUUGGACUCACAAAGAACAACGGAUUACAGCCCCAGCCCUUGAACGCAGGAACGCUAAGAAACAAUCGGUAACCUCAUCUCCAUCUCCAUAUCGCAAUAACCCGGCUUACAAAGAACACGGCGAAAGGAAAACGGAUCACAGCUCCAGCCCUGGAACGCCAAGACACAAUCGGCAACCUCAUCGCCACCUUCAUAUUUCAAUAACCCGGUCAACAAAAUAACAAAGUGGUAAGGACUGGUCCUGAGCAGCACACAACGUCCCGUGCUGUUCAGGCCUUCACAUCUUCUAUUCUAAAUAUAGUAUUAUCCUGCUUUUUUGAUUUACACUGUCCGGUUCUCCACCACAUGGAAGUGGUGGAGAAGGCACUUAAAAAUCAUGUAUUCCCUACUGGUAUGAUGAGACAGGUGCAUCGUGUCACCAACUUUAUUAAACCAUCUUCACCCACAGACUACACCACAAUAAAAUUAUCACAGAACACACACCAGUGGAUGCAAAACAACAUGUACAUACUACAGACACAUUACCAGUCAGUCACCCACACCAU